GUAGCAUUGGUGCCGAACGUCGAUAAAAUAGACCUCUGUAGAGUGAUCUAACCUCUAACUUGAAAAAUAAAUGGAAAAAUAAUUAAAGUAGUUACAAGAACAAAAUGCGGCUAACACAGUUCCUCCUUUCAAAAGUGGGCAAAUACUCCAAGGACUAUUCAAAUUUGCCCGACCGUUACAUAAAGCGUGCGAUGGAGCAAGUGGAGUGGAGGAACCCCAAAGGCAUCCAAUACAAACCAAAUGCGGUGGCUAAGCGCACCAAGUACAAAUUUGCCAUGCACCGGCCGUGGACAAGCCAAUUUCGAGAAGAGAACGCACCGGGGGUUCACCACGCAAAAGUUUUCGUCGAGCCUAUCAGAAAAUGGAGCUUCUUCCGAGGCGACCGUGUUGAGAUUCUUGCUGGGAAAGAUAAGGGAAAACAGGGCAUUGUCAAACAAAUCAUUCAGGAGCGUAAUUGGGUCACGGUUGAAGGUUUAAACUGCGUUUUGGAGAAAGUCGGGGAGCGGAAAGGUUUCGAGGGGGCGUAUUUGCAAGUGGAGAAGCCCCUUUUGGUGACUGAACAAGUGGCACUUGUUGAUCCCUCCGAUUUGCAAGCCACGCCAUUUGAGUGGAGGUUUACGGAAGAUGGGGAGGAAGUGAGGGUGUCUACAAGGACCGGGAGGAUAAUUCCCGUUCCUGCGACAGCGGAAGAAACCAUAGAUUAUAAGACAAAGGGGACUUAUAAGGAACAGCCCAAAGACACCGCAGCGAAUGAUGUGACGCAAAUUACGUUUGAACCGAAAUUGCAAACGUUUGAAAUGGAUGUUAUGAACAGCAUGGGCAUUAAAGAGGACCGGGUACCCCCGAAAUAUUACUGGUAUUGAUUUUUUGCCAAUUUGUAAUAUAAACUAAUUAAUAAAAUAUGUACAAAAAGUUAAAAA